AGCAAAAGAAACGUCUGGUAGUUGCGAGCUCGCUGGAAAACCAAGCAACGCGCUUCGCCCAGCGCAGGUGGAGCAGCUCUGCUUGCUGAGCUGAGCGUCCGCUUGUCCUGGCAGCGCUGUCGUGCCGGCCGCAGCGGUGUUUCGUCAUGAGCGCUCACUGACCAGGUGUCACUGCUGAUCGAUAAGCGAUAGCGCUGGUGCUCUGUGUGAAGCUCUCGUAGCGACGCUUUCGCAGCCAUCUUCGGGCUUGUGUGUGGUUUGUUGACAAUCUGCUUCAUCUUGAUUCAUCAUCAUUCCAGGAUACUGGUGUCCUUGGGGCUCUCUCUUAGCAUUGAUAUGGUACAGAAGAUUUAAAAUCAGCUGAUGUUCACAAGGAAUAGAGUCACGUGAUGUAUGAAGGCAAACACAUACACUUCUCUGAGGUUGACAAUAAGCCCUUGUGCUCAUAUAGCCCCAAACUGUGCAAGCAGAGGCGACUUAACGGCUACGCCUUCUGUAUCAGACACGUUCUGGAGGACAAGACUGCCCCCUUCAAGCAAUGUGAAUAUGUGGCCAAGUAUAACAGCCAACGCUGCACCAACCCCAUCCCCAAAUCUGAGGACCGUAGGUACUGCAACAGCCACCUGCAGGUACUUGGCUUCAUACCGAAAAAGGAGAGGAAGAAGAAGAAUGAUCCCAUAGAGGAGGUAAAGGUCAGGCAUCAGAUGGAUGCUAUGGCCUUCAGUCUGACAGUGCCCACCCUGGCCUUGAAGAUGCCCAAUGGACUGGAUGGGAUGUCCCUCUCCCCACCGGGGGCUAGGCUUCCCCUCCACUACCUGGAGGCAGAAUUAGAAGACCCCUUUGCUUUCAACGAGGAAGAUGAUGACCUAAAGAAAGGGGCAACAGUGAGGAAAAAGUUGCAGAGCAAGUUGGCUCAAAACCGGCAGCGCCAGAGAGAGACAGAGAUUUUGAAAGUUCGCCAAGAGCACUUUAGCCCCCUUCCUGCACCUUUGCAGCAGCAGCCUCUGCAGCAGCAGCACUCCCAUCUGCCACCUUCAUCAGCUUCGUUAAAGCCGACAGGGCUACCGCAGGGCGUCGUCUGCAAGUCACCUCAACCUCCGAACACCAGCCUACCAAUGCAGGGAGUGGCACCCACCACACACACUAUAGCACAAGCCAGGCAGUUGUCUAACAAGAGACCUCUGCCUCUCCUGCCACCCGCUAGGGCUCCUGUCACGGACCCUCCGAGGACUGAUCGGGUCCUAAUGAAAGCCACAGCCUUCUCUCCGCACUCGUCCUGCAUGAGCCGGCUACAGAGACUGGUGAAACUGUGCACUCGAAAACAGCAGCUGGACACUGAUCUGUUUCCGCAUUUAGGGCUGGAUUGGUCUGAAGACAGUGGAGAAGAGUUGGAGGAUUCAGAGCAAACCUCCCCUUACCAGGCUGCCUGGUCUAUCCGAGAAACCCUCGGCUAUGAAAGACACGAGUCCGACGAUGACAAUGCAGAUGACAGGAGUUCCAGGGUGACCAGACUUUGCACUUACUUUCAGCAGAAAUACAAGCACCUCUGCCGCCUGGAGCGGGCAGAAUCUCGUCAGAAGAAAUGCCGGCACACACUCCGGAAAGCCUUGCUGCAGGCGGCCAGCAGAGAGCCGGAACGUGCUGGGCAACUGAUACAAGAGCUCCGAAGAGCUACGUGUGGCCGUACCAGCACAAGCCAAGCCAAGCAGAGAGAUGCAGAACCAACAACGUGUAGUGGGACUUCGAAGGGUGAACAGUGCACUAACAAGGCUCUUCCGUUCACCAGGCAUUGUUUUGAGCAUAUCUUACUGAACCGUUCUCAGCAGCUCUUCUCGAGUUGCACAGCCAAGUUUGCAGAUGGUCAGCAGUGCUCUGUGCCAGUUUUUGACAUCACACAUCAGACACCUCUGUGCGAAGAACAUGCCAAAAAAAUGGACAAUUUCUUGAGAGGGGACAGCUCCCGUAAAGUUCAGCACCAGCAGCAGAGGAAACCCAGGAAAAAAACAAAGCCGCCUGCACUUACCAAAAAACACAAGAAGAAGAGAAGACGAGGCCCACGCCGGCCCCAGAAACCCAUUCCUCCUGCAGUGCCCCAAGGGAACCUCACCAUGCCUGCCAGUGUCUCACUGCCAGUAGAGUUGUCCCACAUACGGAGCCCCUCCACACCAGAGCUGAGUGCCGAUGAGCUGCCUGAUGAUAUCGCCAAUGAAAUCACAGACAUUCCACAUGACUUGGAAUUAAAUCAGGAGGACUUCUCUGAUGUCCUGCCGCGGCUGCCUGACGACUUGCAAGAUUUUGAUUUCUUUGAAGGUAAAAAUGGAGAUCUCCUUCCUACUACAGAAGAGGCUGAAGAACUGGAACGGGCCCUCCAGGCUGUAACCUCUCUUGAGUGCCUGAGUACCAUUGGCGUACUUACACAGACAGAUGGUGUGCCAGUUCAGGAGCUGUCAGAUAGAGGGAUAGGGGUGUUCUCUACAGGUGCUGGAGCUCCAGGAAUGCAGUCCUUGAGUCGAGAGGUUAACACGGAUCUGGGGGAGCUGUUGAAUGGGCGUAUAGUACAUGAUAAUUUCUCCGGUCUGGAGCUGGAUGAGAACUUGCUCCGUUCUGCUACCUUGUCUAACCCACCUACGCCCCUGGCAGGGCAGAUCCAGGGGCAAUUCUCAGCCCCAGCCAACGUCGGCCUUACUUCUGCCACUCUGAUAAGCCAGAGUGGCCUUGGGGAGAGAGCCUUCCCAGGACAGUUUCAUGGACUUCAUGAUGGCAGCCAUGCCUCCCAGAGGCCCCACCCUGCCCAGCUGCUGAGCAAGGCAGAUGACCUGAUCACCUCACGACAGCAAUACAGCAGUGACCAUUCACACUCCUCACCCCAUGGAAGCCAUUACGAUAGUGAGCAUGUGCCGUCUCCCUACAGUGACCAUAUCACAUCCCCUCACACCACAUCCUUUUCUGGUGAUAACUUGGCAGCUACCUUCUCAGCAGAGAUGCCCAUGAUGGCACAGCACUUGCUCCCAACUCAGCUGGAUGUGCCACUUAGCGGGGUGGUCAACCCCAGAACUCACUGGGGAAAUCUUCCUGUCAAUCUUGGGGACCCCUCUCCGUUUAGCAACCUUCUCGGUGCAGAUGGACACCUCCUGUCCACCUCCCUGUCCACACCACCUACCACCUCGCACUCAGAGACCACACAGCCUGCCUUCGCCACUGUGACCCCCAACAGCUCCAGUGUGCUUCCGGGGUUACCGCAGACCAGUUUUAGUGGCAUGGGUCCUGCCUCUGCUGAACUCAUGGCCUCCACCUCCCCUAAACAACAGCUCCCUCAGUUCAGCGCAGCCUUCGGGCACCAGCUGAGCUCCCACAGUGGCAUCCCCAAGGACCUGCAGCCCAGCCACAGCUCCAUAGCUCCUCCCACGGGCUUCGCAGUGACCGGUGCCACCGCUACCAGUACCAAUAACGCAUCUGCGCCCUUCACCACCUCCAACUGAGCUUGUCUGCCUGGCUCUGUGCAGAUACUUCUCCAAUGUAAGUAAUGCCAACCUGUAAGUCUUCUGUGGCUCGGUCCUGAGUGAAAUCUGACUGUAAAACGAAAAGGAGGAGAGAUUGCUGCAAUUCAUAACAUACAUUUUGGAUGCUAGAGCGACAGUGCAAUAGAUCAAAGUGUUUCUCAGCUCAGUGAGUAAGAUGAUGUUUCACAUCACGCUAAUAUGUUGUGAACUAGCUGCUGAGGGUACAACGUUGAUCAUGGGAGUGCACACGUUGGCAGUGAAUGUUGUAGGCGUUUUUAGUGGGAAUUUACCUUCUCACAGGUUCCUCUUAUUUUAAGAAGCGCAUCAGCAGAAAAUCACCUGGAAAACUUUAGAAUAUUUCACUUAUUUAAACCCUUCUUUAAAUACCUGCGUGAAGAAGCCUAACUAAAAGUAAGAGUGAUUGGUGGAAAGAUCUACACUUGUAUUCACUAAAUUUAAACCUGGACUUUCGGCGAGGUCUGCUCAUGAGAGACCUUAACUCUAUCGGAUGAAGUUUUGAUUCUAUCUUUAAAAUUAGACAAAAACACUGUUGCUGGGAGAGAAGAGUUUGUGAGAGGAGGAACUGACAAAAGAAAAGCAAAUGUGUCUUGGAACCAUUUUCUCACUCAGGUCUUCAGCCAUUUAAACAAAAGUAGUGACUGGGUUUGGGGAGCUUUUCCCUUCACUUGUCCCAUGGGUGCUGGGUUCUUUGCUUUCCCCUGUUUUACUCUACUUUGCAUUCUCCUUCUCUGGCUAUUGUGGAAUAAGGCAAGAGAGCGGAAGCAUGAAAGAAGAAAAUGGGCUUGGCUGUAGAUUGGCAACAGUAGUUGGGGAAGGCUUUCUUUUUCUGACUCCUUGAAGUGUUGGUGUUACGUUUAGUCUUCCCUGGCUCAUGGAAUUCAGCUGAGGAUGAAAUCUAGGCUUUUGACUUUAAAACUGUAUAUACUCAAUGUAGAAAACUGCAUUCUUCAUACUCGUCCCCCUUGCUAGCCCCCCCAAACACAUGCACAGUGAGACAGUGGCAGAGUAUGUGUGUAUGAGCUGCGUACACAUGCUGACCUUGGUCCAGUAGUGCUAAUGUUUUACCCGCUUCCUGUCUUCAUAAGGUGGUGCCCACUGAAGUGACCUCUGGGUAGGUAAUGUUCUCAGAUCUCCUCUGGAAAACUUUAACUUUGGUGCAGAUUGCUCUAAUGUAGCUAACUGCUAUGCUAUUUGCUUCUACUUUGGAGUGGACUGAUUUACCCUGAAAAGACUCUCUAACCUGCGUCUUAAACAGUGUAGGUGGUUCCAGUGAAAAUAGAUUCAUCCUGAAGUGAUGGACAGUUGGAUUCUCAUGCAAAAUAUCUACAUCCUGCUAGAAGGGGUUGAACCAGUUUCUCUGAACAGUGAUUACCUUCACUGUACAGUUUUGGGUAUGUCUCAGGGAUUCCUUGUGGAAAUAAGGGCAGUUAACAAAAAAAAAAAAAAGUAAAUAGUUUUAAAAGUAAAUAAUAAUUUAAGGUAGAGCGUCAUCUAAGUGAGAGCGCAAGAAAGAGAAAUCUUUGUUCAGUUUUGUAGUCCACAGUGUCUGGCUUAGGGACUCUUUCUCUUCUCGGGGCUCUCAUCUCAAGUUCAACAUACAGAAUCUUUUUUCAUCACGCUCAGCUUUAAACUUUUAUUUAAAGAUACCCUUCCCCAAUGAGCUUUCAGAAUACUUAUUGUAGAUUUUAAGAGAAAUGGUAUAUUAAUUUAUGCUAUUAACAUCACCUCAUAAAUUAUAAGUUUUAUACUAAAGCUGUAUUGAGUGUAAUGAAUUAUGUUGCAUAUGUGUUUUUAAUAGCUAUAAAAUUAUAUACAAGCUUUUUUGGAAAAACAAACUAGUGAAGCACCUUUUUACACUGGAUCUUUGCCGUGUCAAGGUGUACAGCUAUUCUUUGCUACCUUGCAGAUAUCUAUAUCUAUAUCUCUAUAUAGAUAUAUAUAUAUAUAAAUAUAAAUAAAAUGGUAUCCUGUAUCAACAAAGCAUAGAACUCUUUUUAACCCUUAUAUUACUGUUCCUAUAAAUCUUUUAAUUUUAUUUUGAGUGUUACAUUCUGCAAUAAUUUAUCCGUGGUUUGUACCUAUGAUUAGAAAUUUAGUUACAGGGUAAAUAGAUCAAAUUAAAACUCCAACUACUGUAGCUGGAAGUUGUGAACCAAGUUUGUAAGACCUUUUCUUUCUUAAAUGUAUUUAUUUCCAGUUAGCUCUGUGAGUUGGAAUUUGAAAAGUCAGAACAUGAGGAAUCUGCAGUGUCUUAUUCAGGAAUUUUUCCCUUCCUUUCCUCACAAAGGAAUUCCCACUGUGACUUAUAAAUAGAAUUAGACUGCUUGUGUGCAUGUAUGUAUUAUAUAUACACACAAAAAAAUAUGCAUUGGGGGGGAUGUCUGUGCGAUACGAAUGUGUAUAUUGUAUGUAGGUCAUAGUUUUGUAAAGAGAAAAGUAGUUGAGAGGUGAUGGAAUGUAUUGUAGAAAUGUGAUUAUUUAGUAGGGGGUUAUUAUGUCCUCACUGUUGUAUAAAUAACUCAAACUCUCUACUACAUAAUCUUCUGUUAUAAGGCUAACUCUGAUAUCAUGUCAAUUUUACUCCUUUUUUUUUUUUUUUUUACAUGAGUUGUGUUGAGCCCUGUUUAAAAUGUCAUGAAAAUACCAAGCUCCCAAAGACAGCCUUUAAUAUAAAAUAAAUGGGGGCCCGGGGGAGAUGGGAGAAAUGAGUGUGUUUUUCGGGAGAAAUUGAAAUGGGAAGGUCUGUAUUUGGUGGAAUGGUGAGACAUGGGAAUUACUGUAUCUUUGCAAAUUAAUAUCUGACCCUCCUGUGGUCUGAUGUAGAAAAUGUUGUCAAUCAGUUGUAUUUGUGUUUUCAAAUUAGGUUAUAAGGGGCAUUGUUUAUGAACUGAUCUCCCUUCUGUAACAGGAUCUUGUUUUUUGGAAUAGAUUCUUUUCUUUCCUGAGGGUUUUUAUGUGUGUAUUAAUUUUGCCCCCCAAAUUGCUGUUGCGGGAUUACAGAACGAUAUAUACUUUUGAUCCAGGGAGUUUCACUUGUGCUAUGAAAUUCUGGAUUGGAUGAUGGCCACUCAAUUUUUCUCAUAAUCGGAGAAGGAAGCUCUUUCUUUAUAGGAGUUCUCCCUGGAAAUUGUGAGAAAUUGGAAACACUCUUACAGAUUCCCUUACUCUCCUUAUUAUUCAUCUGUUACAGCAUUUAAGCUGGAGAAAAGAAAAUCCUAAAUGUUAUAUAUUCAUACCUUUAUCACUUUUAAUCAUGAUGAGCCUGGUGACUUUAAGAUCUGUUUAGAAAAACAGAGCUUCCAGUAUUGCACGGAUAUUUGAGUUUUUUGAAGGCUUUUUUUUUUUUUAAGCAGUUGCAAAUCAAACUUUAAUUUUUUUUAUUUUUGUUUUUACAUCCCUCUCCCUCCCAGUAUGUUGAUACCCCCCAGACAUUCCCUCCCGCAAAUCCCUUCUUGCGCAUACACAUACAAGUGAAAGGGCAGGGAGGUGGAAGUUGUCAGAGGCCUUUCCUUCUUGUUAUUUGGUGGUAAUGGGAGUUAUCAACGUAAUUCUUUAUGCCUUUACGGGGAAGAAUAGACCCGUUUUUGUGUAUACCUGUACAGAGAGCUAUAUCUGUAUAUGAGAUGUUGGUAGCACUUUGCUGAAUGUGGAAUUGCCCUCAUGAUGUACAAUAAAUACAUAUGAAUGCAAUCAAUCUAAAUCUAUAUAUACAUGCGUACAGAUGUAUAGAUGGAAUAUACAUACUAUCACACACAUGUACAUUAGCUGUAACAUGAAUAAGUGUGUGAGCUAAAGAGAAAGACUGUCCGCAGUACCAUAUGUGUAACAGGUAAGCACUUGUGCCAAACAAGGUUGUUUUAAUUCUUCUGAGGGGUUUGGAUGACAUCAGUGAUUGAUCUGAACUUUGGUCACCAUUGAUUUUUGUUACCUCAGCCCUCAAAGUGGAAUUUCCUUGGUACGUUUUUGCUUCUGUUUAUUCUAUAUUCCUACUCAUUGAGGCCUCUUGCAAUGCCGACCUCUUCUGCUUCUCUGCUCCAUUGCUUCCAUUCCAGCUCCUCCUGCCCCCGCAUCUCCGAAGUUCAUCUUGCUAGCGGUAGCCAGCUUUAAUGGCCCAAUCCAGCUGCUCUUAUACACUACUAAAAUUCUCUUGGUGACUGCAGUGGCAGCUGAAUUGGGCCCCGAGGUCUUGCUUGAACUUGCUCAAAAUUUUCCAGAUAUUCAAUUGUGCUUGACUACGAUUGUGAUUGAUUUGGUAUGAAGACAACUUUUUUUUUUUUAAAAAGAAACUGAUGCAAAGCUUCCUAGCAUGUUAAAAGGCUAACCCAGCAUCAUGUUUUAGAGGUGAAUAUCCAAAAGGAGAGAAGCAGACACACUGGAAAAAUCUUCAAUUUUCAGCCCCAGGGAGAAACAGGGAGCUCGAUCUGCGUGUUUCCCAUGAUGAAAGCUGUGAGCAGAGUGCAGUCUUGCGCUCUGUUCUGCGUGGUGGUGUUGGCAUCAAAUACAUCAAGAGAAA